GGUGUUGAAGGAGUCUAUUUGGCGACUUGAUAGUUUCACGCACAGAAACUCACCAUACAAUUAUAUAUGUUAUUAUAAAUUCCUGUUUCUCUGUUUUAACUGCAUAUGGUUAAUGAAUUGAGGUUCUAAAUGUCUGGUGCAGUCAUGUUGAGGCCGAGGUUUUAAACUUUCUUUUUUAAAAUUAUUAAUUAUCUACCUUUUUUUUGUUUAGUUUUUUUACAACCCAAUAUGGCGACCUUGAAUCAUUAGCUAUUAAUAGGAAGCUGUAACUGAAUUCACCGCCAUGAUGGAUCUUUAAUAUUGUAAAAGACGUGAAGCACCGAUUGCGCAUGCGCAGAGUGGGCCUCCACUUCUCAGCUGGUGUGUGUGUGUGUGAGUGCUUUCUUGGCGGUGCUGGCGAUGGAGCCUCUGUGGCUGGAUUCCUCUCUGCCUAAGAGGGAGGAAAGCCAUCCCCAGCUUCCCCUGAGAGAGAGGCUGCUGGAGGCUUUAAGUCUAGGCAAAUGUCGCCACUACUACAUUUCCCACCAGCCCUUUAACCACAGUGAGGAGGCGGGCAUUGAGAAUAUUCUCAGGGUGCGCUCCCCCUCCCUUCCCGGCUCUUUCUGCAGAACGAAAGAUGAACAGACGGUGGGGGGAGGGAGUGAGAGCGAUAGCGACCUGCUGUUCUUCUCUUUCGCCUCAUCCUCCUCCUGCCUGCUUCGUUCCCCGUCAUCAGAAAGCGAAAGCGGUUCGCGGAUCAGUCAGGGCCACUCGCGCAAACAAAAGCGCAUCCGCACGCUUUGCAGCAGGCAUGGCCUGAGCUCUUACAGCGCCAUGGGCAACCAGGAUGCAAAGCCGAAGCGCUCGGCCCCUGUGGGAGACGGAGAGAGCACGGUGGACGAGUGCAGCUAUGCAGAUUCCACAAAGAAAGGAUUUCACACCAAGAAAUCCCACGGCAAGCACAGCAAGGGUGGAGACGGAGGAGGGAAGAAGAAAGGCAAGUCAGAGUCUAAAUCAGUCUUCAACAUACGCAAGCGGAAAAAUCUAGCCAAGGUUAAGGGCCUGCUCAGUGGCUCACGUGAAGAUGCUCUGGACUCGCACCACGACGAGCUAGACACCAAAACGCCUGAGCUGUCAGCCGACGAGCUCGGACAAUCCGACGCCGAGGACCAGAGACCCGUUCUCUCUGACAACAACAGCAGACGGGAGACGCCGGAUGCUCCGGAGAAGAAGGUCAGCUCCGGAUCGGAUACGGAUAUUUACAGCUUCCACUCUGCUGCCGAACACGAGGACCUGCUGGCUGACAUUCAGCAAGCCAUCAGACUCCAGCAGCAGGGAAAAGAGUGGAAACAAAAUGGCAUCGCCGAGGCUGAAAAUAAACUCGCUGCUUCACCAGGUCUGAGCCUUUCACUAAGCUGGAGAUGCCACGCUGUCAGGAGAAUGGCUUGCACAUGUGUCGAACUCGUUCAGAGUGAUGCAGAUGCAAAGAGAAACACAGAGAGGGAGAGCGAGGGAGAGAAGGAGAAACAGGAGGAGAAGGUUGUUAACGGGAAGAUUGGCGCUUCCGAAACAUCCCUUUGUGCUGCCGUCACCGUAGCAACUGGGACAAAAGAGCCGGAGGCAGCGCGUGACAUCCCUCCCUCCUUUGCUGAGGAGACAGUUGGAGGGGUGCUGAGUUUAGUCACCAAGACGAGCAGUGAGGCCAGCUUUCCAGACUUCUCAGCUUCGUUUGAGAGUGCAGUUGAGGCCACAGAAGAGGUGGAGGAAGAUGGCAGCGUGGCUCUUCAGCUCCAAGAGGAGGACUCGAGUUCAGACACGAAACGCCCAGAAACCGGCGCGUCAUCGUCAUCUCUGGAGUUAGAAUGCAUGGGCACUGAAGUGUCGACACCUGAGUUAACGGUAGAAGAUAAGGAGGAAGCACCGAUUGCAAGGAGGAGUAGUAUAUCUCUCCCACAGUGGCUUCAGCAGGAGAGUCCUGUAGCCACGCGGCACGUGAAGCCCCACAUCCCGACAGCCGGCAGUCCAGCAGUGAAACCCUACCCUCCCAUUCACCCGUCAUACAUCAAAACCACCACACGUCAGCUGAGCUCGCCCAUUCCAUCUCCUGUACCCUCGCCCUCACACAGCCCACACUGCCCACGCCGCUCCCACGAGGCUCCUCCCAACGCAAACACCAUCGCUGUCGCUCGGGCAGGACGGAGUCGCAUCAAACAGCGGCAGCGUUCUUACAGCGUCACCGGACCCAUCAGUCGCUCCGCCGACUGGACCGAAGAGCUCCAUCCACUUCCUUCCAAAAUCGGCUCAGAGGACUUCCUGGAGUAUGGCGGCUCGGAAGGGACUCUACGAACAGGAGAGACGAAGCUCGAGGCUGGUCGCAGGGCUUCAGCCGGACAAGCCUCCACUUGCAGCUUUCAGGAUGUGUUCACAGGACGUACUCUGCUGGAGAGGUUUUUUCAGCAGCAGGAGAAGUCAGUGUGUGAAGAUGAGGCGGAGAAGCUGUGCUCUCGGAUCCUGGCUAUGGGGCUCCUCCUGCCCUUCGGUGACUGUUUCGGAGAGCAGUUUGGAGGCAGCACUACCCACGUCACCCCACAGUUCAGCCAAGAUCAGCUGUACACCUGGGCCCCGGUGAGUCAGCCCCCCCUGUCACUGGAGCACUUUGAGGGCAGUUUACCAGGACACAUCAAGUCCUUUUGGCCUCCACCUCGACUCGAUACCGACGAGAGACCAGGACUCAAGUACACUGAAGCAGAGGAUGAUGAAGAACACCAAGCUAUUGUGUUGGGCCUAAAGAAACAACAGCAGGAGGAAGUUCAUGUGAUUCAGGAAGAGUCCGUGCUGAAUACUGUGCGCCUGAAGCAGGAGCACGUGACUGUCAUUCAGCAGCUGGAGCAGACGAUCGAGGACCUGCGCAGCAAGAUCGCCGAGUUGGAGAGGCAGCAACACCCUCUGCCGGACCACGAGGUCACGACUCAGGAGCAGGAGUGUGGAGAGGACACGAGUUUCUUGCCGGAUGUGUGCCAUGUGGAUCUGCAGACAGAGACCUGUGCCCUGCUUGCAUUAGAGGCCAAAUCAGUGCAGACAUCCCCUACAAAUGAGAUCUUUAUGUUCAAAGUGCCUUCUUCAGAGCAGGGCGGCUCUGAGCAACCUGUGCCCCCUCCAUGCAAGCAGUCACUUGAGACAACAACAGAAUCGCAGCCAGCAGGGACUGGUUCUCCUAAAACAGUACCGUUUGUGUGCAUGUGUCAACAGCAAUUGCAACAAUGGCCCCCUCCUCCUCCUCCACCCCCAUUGCCUGGUUGCCUUCCAUCUUUACCUGCAGUCCCCCCAUCUUUCCAUCCCCCCUUAGAGACUUCUAUUCACCAACCCCAGCCUGCUACAAGUCUACCUCCAGCACCACCCCCUCCACCACCCCCUCCACCUUUACCUGGCCAAACAUUCUUACCUCCACCACCACCGCCUCCUUUACCAGGGUCACUAGUUCCACCUCCUCCACCUUUGCCUGGCCAAACAUUGCAUCCACCACCACCUCCUCCUUUACCAGGGUCAGUUGUUCCACCUCCUCCACCACCCCCUCCACCUUUGCCUGGCCAAGCGAUGAUGCCACCACCCCCUCCACCACCACCCUUGCCUGGAGCAGGUGCUCCCCCUCCACCGCCACCCUUGCCUGGAGCAGGUGCUCCCCCUCCACCGCCACCCUUGCCUGGAGCAGGUGCUCCACCACCACCGCCACCCUUGCCUGGAGCAGGUGCUCCACCACCACCGCCACCCUUGCCUGGAGCAGGUGGUCCCCCACCACCGCCACCCUUGCCUGGAGCAGGUGCUCCACCGCCUCCACCUCCCCUCCUUCUCCAAGGUGCCUGCUCAUUCACCCCACCCAGCAGUUUGGGAUCUCUGCCUCCUCCACUUCCAUAUGGACUGUUUGCUCUGGCUACAGCCCAGGAGAAGACUCCUCGAAAAGAGGUGGUGGAGCCACCACACCCCAUGAAGCCUCUAUACUGGACUCGCAUCCAGCUCCAUGCUAGAAAAGAAGUGAAUCCUUCGAUUUGGGAUAAAAUUGAAGAGCCCUCAGUGAAUUUUGAGGAGUUUGUGGAACUCUUCUCCAAAACUGCAGUGAAGGAGAAGAAAAAACCCCUCUCGGACACCAUCACCAGGUCUAAGACCAAACAGGUGGUGAAGCUGUUAAACAACAAGCGCUCUCAGGCUGUGGGGAUUCUCAUGUCCAGCCUCCACCUCGACAUGAAGGACAUCAAACACGCCAUUCUGAACCUGGAUAACACCGUGGUGGACCUCGAGACAUUACAGGCUCUGUAUGAGAACAGAGCACAAUCAGACGAGGUGGAGAAGAUCGAAAAGCACAUCAAAUCAUCUAAGGAAAAGGAGGGAGCCAAACCUUUGGACAAACCUGAACAGUUCUUGUUCCAGCUCUUCCAAAUUCCCGAGUUCUCAGGAAGGGUCUUUUGUAUUCUGUUUCAGUCCACGUUUUCCGAAUGCAUCUCUUCCGUCCAGCGUAAACUGGAAAUCCUUCAGAGAGUGUGUAAGAUUCUGCAAAGUGGUUCCAGCGUGAUGCGGAUUCUGGGUCUAAUUCUGGCCUUCGGGAACUUUAUGAACGGAGGGAACCGAACCAGAGGACAAGCAGAUGGCUUUGCUUUAGACAUCCUUCCCAAGCUCAAAGACGUCAAAAGCAGCGACAACACCCGAAGUCUGCUGUCUUACAUCGUUGCCUACCACCUGCGACACUUUGAUGAGGAUGCCGGCCGGGAGACAUGUGUAUAUCCCCUGCCCGAGCCGCACGACCUGUUCCAGGCAUCUCAGAUGAAGUUUGAGGAUUUUACUAAAGAUCUGCUGAAGCUGCGAAAGGACCUGCGAGCAUGCACUGCAGAGGUGGAGAAGGUGUGUAAAGUCUCCUCUGAUGAUCACCUGCAGCCCUUCAAGGACAAAAUGGAAGAGUUUGUGAGCCGAGCUAAACAAGAACUGGAGGCCCAGGAAACCCAGCUAAAAGAAACCCACACAUCGUUUUUGGAGUUGAGCCUGUUCUUCUCUGUAAAGCCCAAGAGUGGCGAGAAAGAGGUUUCACCCAACACGUUCUUCUCAGUGUGGCACGAGUUCUCCACCGAUUUCAAAGACCUGUGGAAGAAGGAGAACAAGGUGAUCCUGCAGGAAAGGUUAAAGGCAGCAGAGGAAUGCUUCAGACAAGCGAAGGAAAAAGCCACAUACAGUGUCAAACCCAAGCACGCCUCUGGAAUCAAAGCGAAGCUGGGCAUGAAGAUCUAACAAGCUGGACCUUUUUAAUCCUAAAUAAAUACCAGAUCAGCCGUGAGGUAGAGUGCAUGGACUGCAGACGUGUGGGCUUUGGCCUGUAUUAAAAAUUUCUCACACUCAAAAAACACAAUGGAGUAAUGUAGCAGCCCCCGACAACAUUCAUCUGCACCAUGCCUAGAGGAAGUGUGUCAUGUGAUGUCGCAUCCUUUCGCACCGCUCAUGGGUGAAUUGCUGGGUAACUGGAAUGUACCAUGUUUAGACGAGAAGACACGAGGCGUAUGUGACGAAAACAAAAAGAAACCUGAUCCUGAUAAAUGGGAAAUGUGUGUUUUUCCCUCAGCUUGUUUAAACUAAUAUUUUCUUUUAACCGGUCCUGCAUGGCCCGUGGAUUACCAGCAGUAUGACCAUGCAAACACUCCACUCCUGUUUAAGGCCAGAUUCCCAGAAAGGCAGUCAGUUAUUUGUCAUCAGUUUUUUUUUCCCCUUUCAUCCCAGAGUUCCUAUAUCACACACAACGCAGGCAAGAUGUUACAUGUCAUUAUUAAGUAGUUCACACACAGCUCCGUGAAGGUCUACGCAGGACCUGCGAGCUCGAGCGCACAGAGAUCAUCAGGAAGCCGUAGGACACGCGAGGGACGAGCAUUCACGUAAAGAGAGAGCGAAGUCAGCCAUAGUGACGAUCAGGUACAUGCAUUGUGUUCUUCCUUGUUCAGCAGUGGAGAGGUCACCACUGAAGCUGUGGAGCUGUAUUCUGUCAGUGUUUAACCCCUACAGGAUCAUUGCAGGAAAAGAAAAACAUUUAAUAAGGAGUAUUUUUUAAAACGGUAACGUACGAGACUUGCUUACAAUGUAUUUAAAAACACCAUUAUUUUAUCUAAACUAGUAUUAGCGUCUUUAUGUAAGAUAAUUCUUGUGUGUGUAUAUAAAUAUAUAUAACAUAUUUUUUUUGUCUCAGCAUGUAUGUGUUCUGUGUCGAUCACCCUGGUUCAAUAGCAAAGGAGGGUCUGCCCAUGUGCAAUAACUGUUUGUAUUAUGUUUGGGUAUUAUUAAUAUAAUUUUUUUUGGAGAUAGCAUAAUUUAUGUAAAAUAAAGAGAAAUAAAUGAA